CAACUUCACCAAGCUGGUUGUUUUGGAUUGUUUCGUGGAGAUUAAAACAAAACUAACUAUGGAGUCGGUCGUUCCCAUUGUCUUGAGAUCUCCUAAUUUAAAAUUUAAAGAAGAAAUUAUCAACUGCUCCUCCUCGUGGACCGUAGAAAAAUUGAAGCGCCACGUUGCUACCAAUCUCUUGAAAAAUGUUUCAAGAGCUGACAGUUUAAAAUUAAUACACUGUAGAAAAUUGCUUUCAGAUGAAGAAAUUGUUGGAUCCAUAUUUGUUAAUUCAGCAAAUGACAAGAUUGUAUAUGCUGUUAUGAUGAGUCCUGAGGAAUCUCACAAGGCAAUGCAUGAAACUAAUUGCAGUAAUGAAGUUCAUAAAAACAGACCUGCAAACAACACCACCAGUUCAGCUGAUCAUCAGGGCCAGAAUGAUUCUGCUCCAUUUACUUCAUUUGUGCCUGCCGUUAAUGACUUCGAAAGUUUUAUGAAUAUGUAUCAAUGGCACUACCAAAGCCAUAUGUGGAUGCAACAGCAAUAUCUUCAUUACAUUAACCAAUGCUUCCAAUACGUGCAAGGAAGUUGCCAGCCUAAUUACUCAUUGCAGUCCCAUGCAAACUUUGAAGGAACGCAACAUGUCCAUCCUGCCGAUGAGGUGCAACAGCCUGCUAACCCGGCCCGACAGCAAGCACAAGUUCAGCGAAUGAAUGCUCAAGGUGGAGCUCUGAUGUUGGAGGAUGAUGAUGACGGCCGUAACCGAGAUUGGUUGGAUUGGGCUUACGUUAUAUUGAGAUUUUCCAUGCUCAUGUGCAUCCUGUAUUUCUAUUCUACGCCAACCAAGUUCCUAACGUUCAUACUACUUUCGGUGCUCUUUCUAUUGUUAGUUUGGUGCUUUAUGUAUCAAACAGGUUUGUUAGAUAUACCAUUAGGAAGAGCUCCCGCUAUGAAUCAGCAGCAAAACGCUGAUCUAGCACAGAAUGCCAAUCAAAAUAUGGAAAAUAAUGGAGAAGACAUGAACCCCGUUGACCACGCGCGACAGAAUGCACAGCCCAACAAUGUCCUUCAACAACCAGCCAAUCAACAACCAGGACUCCUCUCGUUAAUUGUAUCACUUAUUGUUGGAUUUUUCACAUCGCUGGCUCCUCAAGUGCCUCCGCCAAUCAACGCUAAUUAAUCGUUUCAUUUAUACAUAUUUCAUUAAUUAAUUUAUUUGUAAACAUUUUGUUUUGGAAACAUUUAAUAAAUUGAUAUUGUUAUUGG